GUCGCCGAGGGUCAGGAGAGUAGGGAAAGGGGCCUGGGGACAUUGCCGGCGGGGUGAUGCCGCAGGGGGCGGAGUCUUUUUCGACAGGGGGCGGGACCCCAAGUCAAGGGGCGGGGGCUAAUCAAGGAAGAGGUGGGGCUCCGAGUCAGGGGCCGGGACCAGGGCUAACGGACCUUGGCGCUCCGGGGGCGGAUCCGGGGCCUGCAGGGGGCGGGGUCUUACGUGAGGGCGGGGCCCUGGGCCUGGGGGCGGGGCUUCUUCCUCGGAGACGAGCAGCCAUAGGCCAGGGGGCGGACCCCAGCUCGGAGGUGGGCGGGGCAUCGACCACCGGGACAGAGGCCCUGAAGGGCGGGGCCCAGGCACCCGGGCCGGCUGCGGGCCGGGGGGAAAGUCCUGGGACCCGGAGCCGAGGAGGUCUCCGGGGAGGGCGGGCCUGGGGCCGAGGGCGUCCCCGGACCCCCCCAGGAGAGGUGGUGUGGGUAGAAAGGGAGCAGCGGGCGCCAGACCCGGGCCCCGUGUGGGUGCCCCGCAGGCCCCCACGGGCUCAGAGCUGGGGGGGCGCCCCCGGGGGCGGAGGGGGACAGGCCUGGGGGGUCACCUCCACGGACAGGGGCUCUCCAGAGCCCUCAGGAGACGUGUGGGUCCCCAGGGGGCGUCCUCCAUCCGUGGGAGAGGUGUGGGUGUGCUGGGCUGGAGGGGCCUGGGUAUGGCGGGAGUGGGGGGUGCCCGUGGGGUCUGCCGGGGGGCAGCCGGAGAGGGUCUGGACCUUGCGGAAGGGGGAGGCCACCAAGGGCGCAGGAGGAGAUUGA